AUGGGCACGAAGGAGAGGGCAAAAGAAAAAGGAGCCCAAGACGAACGACAAGAAAGAAGCAAGACAUGCGCAUGGCAAAGAUUCGCAUGGCCUUUUGGUCGUGAUGGCGAUGGCGACCGCGAACAUGGCUUUUACUUUUUUUUCUUUACAUGCAAGCAAGAGGGCCACGCUAUCGAAUCGGCUGUCCUGUGCCCGUUCUCUGUACAGGUCGAUCGAGCGAAGCGAGGACGAGUCGUUGGAAUUAGAUGUUGGAAGAUGGGCGAUGGCAUGGAGAAGAAGGAGGGAGCAAGGAGGGAGGACUGGAGUUGA